AUGGCCGCUCACAUCACUUCUACCACCACCACCACCACCACUAACAUCAUGCCAACACCAACAUCUACACAAUUGUUCCCUAGGAGAAACAAUAAUCUCCUUAUAGAUUCAAGGGAGUUCCUUGCCUCAUCCUCCUCGAAAAAGCCUAAAGGUAGACCUUUAGGCUCUAAGAAUAGACCCAAACCACCUGUUGUUAUUGAGGGAAACCCUAACAUGUUAAUGGAACCAAUUUUCAUCCAGAUCCCAGCUGGAAAUGACGUUGUUGGGGCUCUUAUCAACUUGGCUCGAAGUCAUCGGGCUAAUAUCACCGUAUUGAGUGGUUCUGGUCUUGUCUCUAAUGUUACCCUUUUGCACUCCAUAUCUCGUGUCCCUGCUUUCCCUAUCAAAGAAACAUUGCAUAUGGUAUCUCUCUCUGGAACUUAUGUGAAUGCCAACUCUGUUGGUAUCCCUCGCCAAUUUGUUGCUGACCAAUCACGUUCAUCGUUCUCCAUUUAUUUUUUUGGAGAUCGUAGACAGAUGAUUGGUGGCGUUAUUGGAGGAAAGAUUGAGGCUGUUAGUGUUGUUACCAUUAGGGCCACUCUUUUUAAAAAUCCAGAGUUUCAUAAGGUGGCUAUUAUUAACGGAGUUUUUCAAGAAAUUGAAGGCAAUGACACAAUCUAUGCUGGUGGUGUCAUUCCUAAUGUUGAUCGUGUUGCAUAUGAACCUGCCACCAACAACCAUAAUGGAACUCAUGUGCAAGACAUCAAUGUUAUGGGUUCCAGUUUAGCUCAACCAAAUCAUCAAAUGAUUCAUCCUUCUCUUCCACCAAAUGUGAAUUUCAUGCAGUGGAAUCGCAACCGCUCCACCCGUAAUGAUAACUAUUAG